AGUGCGGGACUUCUCUCAGGUGCGGAAGACGCGUUGGUGAUGCGGUGAUGUGUCAUGGCGCGUUCUGUUUUUUAAAGGGCUUGUAGACGCCGGCAAUCUGAAUUCAUCUACGUAUUUGCGAAAAAAAUGGGGCUUCGGGUGGUCAUCGCGUUGACCCUCUGUCUUUCAUACGCCGUUGUGAAUUGUAAUGAUGUUGUCUCUACGUCCAUACAAAACACCAACGUCGAGAGAAACAUCGACUUGGCGUCGCAGCUCGUAAAGAUCACUACCAAAGUAACUGUAGAAAAUAAGGGCAGCGCUCCGGUGAAAUCCUAUUUGGUUUCGCUCACGAGCGAAGAAAAAGGUCACCUCGCUUUCAUCGGUGCAGUGGCUGCAAAUGAUCAGGACACUCCACUCCGAGUUACGGAAACGGUAGUGGCCAACCAAAAGACACAUCACCACUACCGUGUGGAUCUGCCAACACCUUUGGCAGCUGGCAAGUCGGUGAAGCUGGAGCUGGAGGCGACGUUCAGCCACCUGGUCACCCCUCACCCGACGCACAUCACUCAGGCGGAACGGCAGCUGGUGCUCUACCAGGGGAAUCACUACUUCCUCAGCUUGUACCCGACGCAGUCUCAGACGACACGCGUGACGCUGCCUAGCUCCAAGAUCGAGUCAUACUCGAAGCUCAAGCCUGCCAGCCAGUCGGAGUCUACGGUCACCUAUGGGCCCUACGAGAAAGUUCAGCCUCUUUCUGAGGACAAGAUGACAGUGCACUAUGAGAACAACAAUGCCUUCCUGACGGUGACCAGCCUGGAGCGAGCCAUUGAGGUGUCCCACUGGGGGGUCAUCUCUGUGGAAGAGGUUAUCGAUCUCCGCCACACGGGAGCCAUCCUCAAGGGAUCCUUCUCACGCUACGAGUACCAGCGCGACCAGAACGGCGUGUCCUCGGUCAAAUCCUUCAGGACUGUGCUGCCCGCAUCGGCGAUGGACGUCUACUACCGGGACGAGAUCGGCAACAUCUCAACUAGCCACAUGAAGGUCCUCGACGACUCGGUGGAGCUCGACAUACGUCCUCGCUUCCCCUUGUUUGGCGGUUGGAAGACUCACUACGUGCUGGGCUACUACGUUCCCACCUACGAGUACCUGUACAACUCAGGUGACAACUAUGUUCUGCAGAUGCGUUUCGUCGACCACAUCUUUGACGACAGCGUUAUUGACAAGGCAUCUGUCAGGAUCAUCCUGCCCGAGGGUGCCAGGGACAUCAAGCUCAAGACACCAUUCCCAGUGACGCGGCUCGACGACCGUCGUCACUACACUUACCUGGACACCGUCGGACGUCCCGUCAUUGUCCUUGAAAAGUCGAACCUCGUGGAACAGCACAUCCAGAACUUUGAGGUGCACUACAAGUACAAGAAGCUGCUGAUGCUUCAGGAGCCACUGCUGGUGGUGGUGGUCCUCUACCUGCUCUUCCUUCUUGUGGUCAUCUAUGUCAGGCUGGACUUCACCAUCAGCAAGGAUCCAGCCCAAGAGAGCAAGCUUCAGGUGGGAGGCCUGCUGGAGAAGGUGGCCUCGCUGCAAGACCGGAGGGCGGACGUGUACGCCCAGUAUGAUGCCGCCCUGGGCAAGUACAAGGCGAGCAAGGACAGCGUGGGGUACCAGGCGGCCGUGAAGAGGCUCAACGGAGAGCACAAGAUCCACACCCAGUCCCUGGCCGACUGCCUCGCCAAGCUCAAGCAGGAGGGUGCCGAGGCUGCCGAGGCGGUGAGCGAGCUCCAGCGGCUGGACAAGCACUUGAAGGAGCAGUUCCAGCAACAGAUAGUGCUGCUGGACAAGCUGAUGGGCGGCAAGAUGAGCAAGCAACAGUUUGUGGAGGCCGAGGCCGCCAUCCAGAGGAAAAAGGAAGAGCUGGCCGACAAGAUGCACUCUCUCACAGCCUCCCUCUAGUCUCUCUCUCUCUCCCCCCUUUCCUCUCGUACGACUGGGCGUGUGCAUGGGGGCGCAGAGACAAAAAGGGUGCGGGGUGUCUGUCUGCGCGAGCGCUUGUUGGGAAAAAGUGUUAUGUAUUCUGUUUUUGGGGGGAUCAUUGUCAUUCCACAUUUAAAUAAAGUAAAGGGAGUGUUCUUACA